GAAAGCCUUGCUGUUUGCUGCGCAACGAUUCAGCAGGAUGUGUUGUCAUCAGUGGACCUUUGAGCCAAGAGCAAACCUAGCUUUAAAGCGGCACCGCAUCACCCAUAACUAACUACCAUGCCUUAUCUGCCUUAGGUCAGCGACCGCCGCCGAUCCUCUAGUUCCCUGUCUCCAACUGUCUACCAAGAAGGCUCUCAUGGCUCGCCUUGCUCUCCAGGAUGAACACCCGACAGAAUAUUGAUGAGUCGGUAGGCCCGCUAUCCCUAUCGGCUACAUUCAACGAUGAUAAUACCUGCUUCGCUGUGGGCUUGGACACGGGCUUCUGUGUCUUCAACGCCGAUCCAUGCGAGCUCAAAGUAUCCAGAGACUUCAAUGCGGGGAUCGGUCUCGUCACGAUGCUCGGCCAGUCGAACUACCUAGCCAUCGUUGGCGGAGGAAGACAACCUAAAUUCCCCCAGAAUAAGUUGGUCAUCUGGGACGAUGUGAAGCAGAAAGCCGUGAUCACGCUGGAAUUCCGAACCUCAGUUCUCGGCGUCCGAUUGUCGAAACACCGGAUUGUCGUCGCCCUUCUCAACAGCAUCCACAUCUUCGCUUUCUCCUACCCCCCGAAGAAGUUGUCGGUUUUCGAGACCACCGAUAACCCACUGGGGCUGGCGUGCUUGGGACAGAAGUUACUCGCGUUUCCCGGGCGAUCGCCGGGCCAGGUCCAGGUGGUGGAAAUUGAAACGGGCAAUGUCAGCAUCAUCCCCGCACAUAGUACGCCGUUGCGUGCGAUGGCGUUGAGUCCCGAUGGCCAGGUGCUGGCGACGGCCAGUGAAGCGGGGACUUUGAUACGGGUGUAUUCUACGACUAAUUGCACGAAGAUUGCGGAGUUACGACGCGGGGUGGAUCAUGCAGUGAUAUUCUCGCUGGCAAUUUCGCCCUCGAAUCUUCUAUUGGCCGUGACGUCCGACAAAUCUACCCUACACGUGUUUGACCUUCCUCAUCCUCGAACCCUUAUGCACCGGUCCCAAUCGGCGACUUCCCCGACCGAAGAAGCGACGAAUCAGAAAUGGGGGAUCCUGGGGAAGAUCCCAUUGCUACCCAGGGUGUUCUCCGAUGUUUAUUCGUUCGCAAGUGCCCAUUUCGAGAUAGGCGAUGAGGCGCCCCCUGGUUCACUUUACGUUCCGCCCCUGGGUACCUCGUUCGGAGGCCCAUCAAAGGGGGUGAUAGGUUGGCCCGACGAUCGGACGAUCCAUGUUAUCGGCUCGGGGAGGGACGGGCGCUGGGAGAAAUUUAUUCUUCGCGACGGGGACGAUGGACGGCGGUAUUGUAUGAGGGAGGGUUGGAAGCGGUAUCUUGGAGGGAGCUGAGAGGUUUUCCGUGCAGGAGACCUGCCAUGUCACAGCGCGAAUCCUGACAUGAACAAACGCAGGCGCAGGAACAGGAUGAAGCAGCAAAUUUUCCAGCUGGCGUUUCCAGUUUAGUCAUCUGACUGCAAUCUUUCGCCGCGAAGAUCCUGGAGAUCGUUUUUGAUGGCUCUCUGCAGGGUUCAGUUUAGAGACUUCACCAUAAUUAGCAUAUUUAAUAGUUAGAUAGCAAUGCUGCACACAUUUAUCGCUGACG